AUGGCUCCGUUCAAGGUGAUCAUUGUUGGUGGUAGUGUCGCCGGCUUGGCAUUAGCCAACAUGUUCGAACGCUAUGGAAUCGACUAUAUCGUGCUUGAGAAGUACGAAGGCAUUGCUCCGCAAUUAGGUGCUGGGUUUGCAAUCAUGCCGAAUGGUGGCCGCUUGCUCGAUCAACUUGGGUGCUAUGAGGCCCUGGCAAAAAAGAAUGAACCUGUCAAUUCAAUAGAUUCUUUUGAUGAGCAUGGGAUAAAAUUGGGGAGUCUGCCGGAUUUGGGGACCUGGAUGGAGAAGACAUUUGGCUACAAGAUGCGCUUUAUGGACCGCCAGCAGAUUAUUCAGGGUCUUUGGGAUAAUCUUCACGACAAUUCUAAGAUCCGCGUCUUGUCUGAUGCUGUGAAAGUUGUCUGCGAUGUCAAUGGGGUUGCAGUUGAAACAGCUGACGGCUCUGUGUUCCACGGUGACGUCGUUGUUGGUGCCGAUGGCAUUCAUAGCAAAGUCAAGCAAGAAAUGCAGCGCAUUGCGGCAGAUGAGACUCCUGGGAGAGAUUUAUUCCCCGAGAAAGACGGCAACUUUGGUGGUCUUUUCGGUAUUUCCAAAGCACCGGAGGGUGUUAGACAAGAUCAAGUAGUCAAAGCAUUCAGAAAGGGCCGCAGCUACCUUUGUGCCGGUGGUCCCAGCGAUACUUUGUACUGGCUUCUCACGUUCAAAAAUGAGAAAGAGACCCAGGGCAAAUCCGUGCCUCGCUACACCGAAGAAGAUCGCCAAAAGCUUGUUGAAAUGUGCCAGGAUGACAUUAUUAGACAGGGCAUGACAUUUGGCGAUAUCUACGAAAGGACGAUCAAUUCCGCCCUUGUGCCUUUGGAAGAAGGUGUAUUAAAAACCUGCUAUUACAAGCGAAUGGUGCUUUUAGGUGAUUCAUGGCACAAGGUGAAUCCCUUGUCUGGCCUGGGAGGAAACAACGCAUUCGUGUCUGCUGCCUCUCUUGCAGACGAACUCAAAGAGCUACUCGACCGGUCCGAUGAAACUCCAGAUGAAGAAAGCCUCCAGAACGCAUUCCGAAACUAUCAAGAGUCCCGCGAAAACCCAACUAGAGACAACGUUGCGAUGGCGAACUUUAAGCAGCGCAUGGAAGUCCUGGACAACCCCAUUCUCAGUUACCUCCAGCUACGUCGGAUUCCUAAGCUGGACUCCGCCGAAAUUGUCAACUCGAUGUCUCCGUUGCUCACAUCGUCCAUUCGGCUUAAGCAUCUGCCUCUUGCGUCUCGGCAGGGUAUCCUAGCAUACGAACACGAAGUCAAGAUCAAGGCCAGGAAACGGUCGACUCUGGCUAAUGUGAUCUGGAUUCUCAUGCUUACCCUUGUGAUGCUUGUCCAUUAUCCUCUCCAAAAGCAGAGUAGCCCAAAUAAACCGGUUUCUCAGAGUUCCCUUGGAUCCUUGGCAGGACCACCGCUGGCUCUGUUACAUUUCCACGCGAGCGUGUCUGUAGUGAACACUAUCAUAUGCAUUGAAUCAUAUCGGAAAUUCUUCUUCAUGAAGCCGGUUGGCAGUGCGCUUCCGUUCGCCAUUUGUGCCUUGAUCGUGGGCUGGGAAUACAUCACCCCGGUCUGGUUUGCUCUUUUCAUACUCGCCACUGCCCUACAGCCCUUCUACUUUCCAGCUGUCAGGUCUAUUGGCCCGGAUGUCGGCCUCGCAUUGUGGGCGGGAACCCUCCUCACAUACGGUCCCGUCCUGGGUUAUUCCCUCUGGACCUCCACGGUUUCUGACAGAUUGUGGAUGUUUUCUCAUGCAGUAUUGCCUUUCGUGGUUAGAUUAUCGAGGAAGCUGCUUAUAAGAUGGCUGAACGCAACUCGCAAUAGCCCCGCAAGGGCAUAUGGCGAGCAAGACGCUAAACAUCUACGUAAUUUCAUCCGAAUGGCCGCGUGGAUUCCUUUCAUCAAGCUGGCAUCAUACGGGUACCGCCCUGACAAUGUUCUUCAUAACAUAUACCACCUUGGGUACUCCGAAGCUGUGAGAGGUGAAGUUGCCAAGAAGAUGCUUCUGGACGUCGCAAUCGUGGUUUUCAUCUUCUUCGUGUUCUGGGACCUCCACCGAGUGGGUGUGCGAUCUCUCAGCUCCUGUACAUGGGUAGUUCUUGCCCUGGGGCUAGGCCCGGCGACCGCACUCGGUGAGCUGUGGGGUCAGCGAGAGGAGCUAUGGGAGGAGGCGCGUCGGCGAGAAACGGUCGAUGAGGCCUGCGAUGUCUGA